AUCAGGUGCAGACACGUUUAUUUCACUGGUAGCAUUUGUUGGUGGCUAUUCUUUCGAUUUUUUACCGCGAGUUUUUCCCCAUAGCUAUUUUAUUAAAUAGGCUAAAAAAACAAUCGGUCUGGCAGGUUUCGUUUAGUUUACUUCAAUGCUAAUGGCCGGGAAAGACCCUCUGAAUAAUGUCACUAGUAUCACAGAUAAAGUGAAUGUGUUGUAAGUGCCUGAGUGUCAUUUGAGAUCAAGAGCACGCGCUCCUGUGCGCUCGCCCACGCGCCUCAGUGUCACUGGCGAUCCGCGCGCUGACAGCCUGCUGCCGCUGCUGCUGCUGGACGGGAACUAUGGAGGAGAAACCCAAAGAUGAGAGCGCCAAAGACCCGCAAACAACGUCCUACCAGAGAAGGAUGUGGAGGAAUUUCCAAGAGAAGACCAAACCGUUUUUGAGCCCCAAACUGGGGUCCGAACGACGCAGCGGCGAUGGUAAAAAAGAAAGCGGGUUGUGGAUGUUUAAAAGAAAGAAGAAACAGGUCUUGGACCGAGUCUUCUCGUCCUCGCAGCCCAAUCUGAGCUGCUCAACUCCGCCGUCUUUCUUAGGCGAUAGGACCCUGUGCGAGCAGCAGGACUCUAGCGCCGGUAAAGGACUCGGGAUGUCACCCCUGGCCGUUGCUGAUGGAGCAUCAGUCAGUAAACCGGAGAUUUCCGUAUCCGCGCAUGGGAGCCCCAAGCUGCUGGUGUCUCAUUUGGUGAUGUCCCAGCAGAAGAGCUCGUCCUUGGGCUCGACGUGCUUCGAGAAGCUGGUGGUGGAUUCGGCAGCAUCCAGUGAGGACGAGCUGGGUAAAAACGCCAGUGACCUGGGCAUCAAUAUUGUGGAGCCAAGUAAUGAAGAACUUCCUCCCCCGUCAAAGCCAGGAAUGUAUCAGCUGGACAUUGUGUUGAAGAAGGGCAAUAAUCUGGCCAUCAGGGACAGGGGAGGGACCAGUGACCCAUAUGUGAAGUUUAAGGUCGCGGGGAAAGAGGUUUUCCGCAGCAAAACAAUCCACAAGAACCUGAACCCAGUAUGGGAUGAGAAAGUCAGUCUGCUGGUGGAGAGUUUGAGAGAGCCGCUCUAUGUGAAGGUCUUUGACUAUGACUUUGGGCUGCAGGAUGAUUUUAUGGGCUCUGCAUAUCUCUAUUUAGAGUCCCUGGAGCACCAAAGGACCUUAGAUGUGAUCCUUGACCUCAAAGAUCCGCACUAUCCCAACCAUGACCUGGGUUCCCUGGAAUUGGCAGUCACACUUAUUCCAAAAGAGGGAGACUUCAGAGAAACAACCAUGCUUAUGAGAAGGAGCUGGAAACGAUCCAGUAAGCAUCAGAGUCUGAGGUUAUCGGACGUUCACAGGAAGGCUCAGCUGUGGAGAGGCAUUGUUAGCAUUAGUCUCAUCGAGGCCCAUGACCUCCAGCCUAUGGACGCCAAUGGCUUAAGUGACCCUUAUGUCAAAUUCAGAAUGGGACAUCAAAAGUACAAAAGUAAGACAAUACCAAAAACACUAAACCCUCAGUGGAGAGAGCAGUUUGACUUCCACCUGUAUGAUGAACAAGGCGGUUUCAUUGACGUCACCCUCUGGGACAAAGAUGCAGGGAAGAAAGAUGACUUCAUGGGCAGGUGCCAGGUGGACCUCUCUCUUCUCUCAAAGGAGUGCACACACAGACUGGACCUGCCUCUGGAGGAGGGUGAGGGGACACUGGUGCUGCUGGUCACGCUCACAGCCUCUGCUGCUGUCUCCAUCGCUGACCUGUCUGGCAACGUAUUGGACGACCCCCACGAGAGGAAGGAGAUUCUCCACAGAUACAGUCUGCUCAGAUCCUUUCACAAUGUUAAAGAUGUGGGCAUGGUGCAGGUGAAGGUGAUCCGGGCAGAGGGGCUGAUGGCAGCUGAUGUUACAGGCAAGAGUGACCCCUUCUGUGUAGUGGAGCUCAGCAACGAUCGGUUACAGACGCACACCGUGUACAAAAACCUCAACCCAGAGUGGAACAAAGUCUUCAUGUUCAACGUGAAAGACAUCCACUCAGUCUUAGAGGUGACUGUCUAUGAUGAAGACAGAGACCGAAGUGCCGACUUCUUGGGCAAAGUGGCUAUACCGUUGUUAAAUAUCCAAAAUGGAGAACGCAAAGCUUACGCCUUGAAAAGCAAGGAACUGACAGGGCCAACCAAAGGGGUCAUCUUUCUCGAAAUAGACGUGAUUUAUAACAUUGUCAAAGCCGGCUUGAGAACUUUGAUUCCCAUCGAGCAGAAAUACAUCGAAGAGGAGCCGCGAGUGUCCAAACAGCUGCUGCUGCAGAACUUCAACAGAGUGAGGCGCUGUAUCUUGUUCCUGAUCAAUGCUGGCUGCUACAUCAACAGCUGCUUUGAGUGGGAGUCUCCUCAGAGGAGCAUCUGUGCCUUUCUGCUUUUCGUUGUGGUCGUGUGGAAUUUUGAGCUCUAUAUGUUCCCGCUGGUUCUCCUGAUGCUGCUGGCCUGGAACUACUUUCUCAUUGCUUCAGGGAAGGACACGAGACAGGGAGAUGUGCAAGCUGUGGAGGAUUUGCUGGAGGACGAGGAGGAAGACUUUGACAGAGAUGACAAGGUGCCGGGCUCAGUGCCCUCCCAGGAUGGCCGGCUGCCGGAAAGCCAUAUCCUUGCGGAUAUUUUGGCUUCCUGGCACUUUGAGUGGAUACGCGUGAUGGUGGACUCGGAGAGAAAGGGUUUCAUGAAUAAGCUGUAUGCCAUUCAGGAUGUGUGUAUCAGUGUGCAGAAUGCUCUGGAUGAAGUGGCCUCCUAUGGUGAGAGGAUAAAGAAUACUUUCAACUGGACUGUGCCUUUCCUCAGCUGGCUGGCCAUAGUGGCCCUGUGUGCGGCCACUCUUGCGGUGUACUUCAUUCCUCUCAGAUACAUUGUACUGGCCUGGGGGGUGAACAAGUUCACCAAAAAACUGCGAGACCCGUACAGCAUCGACAACAAUGAGCUGUUGGACUUCCUGUCCCGAGUGCCCUCCGACGUUCAAGUGGUGCAGUACCGAGAGCUGAAAGUGGAGCCCACUCAAAGCCCAAACAAAAGAAAGAAAAAUAAUCCAGGAUAGCUCCUCUUCUCACACGGAGGCUCUCCCAACGCCAAGAAGACGGAGAGGACUGACUGGCAGCCAGCCUCUUUUUGUCUGUUUCCUCACUCUUUCUCUCUCUGUUCUAGCUGUGGUGCGGAGACUUAAAGAGCACUGUCUGAGUAAAAACAGGACCAUUGUUAAUUACCAUCCGUCCUUUUUGGGUUUAUUUUUUUGGCAAGGGGGGGCGCCAAAAGCUCUUGACCCCUUUUAGAGUCAAACAGUCUGGGUUAUUUGUCAGCGCUUGCCACUAGCCAGACAGCUCUAAGAGCCAAGGUGUCCUUCCACGGCAGCAAAGGGAGCCGCUCUAACCACAAAUAGCAGGAUGAGCUGAUAAUAUACCAACCUGUGGUUACACACCUCUCCUCUACAGAAGGGAAAACGACGGUGGUUAAGUUGCAGUUUCACCCUAUAAUUUGCACUGCACAGUAACUGCCAUAUCUAAAGCUAUCUGCAGCUGUCAAGCAGCAGUUAUCGGAGUCGACAGCUGAGCCCGUUACGGUCCAAUUUAUGACUGUAACUAAAGUGCUCGUGGAAAUGACUCAAAAAACACCCAGUGCCAGUUUGCGAUAUCUUUACGUCAUUUUGAUGUUCUAAUGUAUGUUUUGUUUAACGGUAUGAAUGAUGCAUGCUGGGAUUGUGUUUUGUAAACCUUCUUCAACCCCUAGUAGCCAUGGCAGCAGCAGCGUAGUACUCAUAGUGGGAAUUAGUGUUUACAUACUCUUGCAUCAUUCCCUAUUCAUCCUUUGCUCCCAAAGCACCACACAGUGCCACUCCAAUAAUAAAGAUGUCAGUUUUGGUGACCAGAAUUUUGAUUGUGUGGUGAGCGAUGCACAUCUCAUUUGACAGCAUCUUCCUGUGUCACGUUCCCAUGUGCCGCAACUCUGCCGCCACAUAUACGUCCAUCAGCUGCCCCGUCCGCCCUACAUUGGGCGCCAGCUCGAACUUUGAUCCAAGCACUGAUUUACACAGAAAAAAAAUGGUCGGAAUCUUUUGAAAAAUCCCAAACUUGAAGGGAGAAUAUCUGUGUGUUUUCAUUGCUGUGGAUUGACUACUUGACAAGAAGUCGAUAGUGUGUGACAAGUUGCUUUAGGGCCUCGGGGGGUACCGGAGGGCAGAGGUUUACUGACGCCGGCGUGGAGAAAAAGGAGGACACGGGCUGUUUUUCCAGCGCUCCUCCUGUCAUUCUGCUUUCUUUCCUCUCCCUCAUCCAUCCAUUUGUGAGGGAGGUCACGAAUGGGUCCGUGGGGUGCUCUUGAGGGACCUCUGCGUAGCGAGCGAUGAAAGAUCACAGCACAGGCUCCAUCAGAAAGGACGCUAGCCCUGUCCCUCUGCCUCCCUGCUGACUUCUCAUUUGCCAUAUUGCAUCUAUCAUAUGAAAAGACCAUUGAUUUUUCGGGGGAAUUCCAUUACAAAGACAACACAAUCCCCACUGAGCAGGACACGGACAGUACUUCAGUGAUUUGCAUUAUAAAAAUUAAAAAAAAACACAGUUGAUUUGAACAGCAGAAAGGAUCGUUUUUAAGCCUGAAUGUGUCUCUAUGUACUGUACAUAUUGAUUUAAGUGUUCAGUGGCUUUAUUAUGAAUGGUUCUUGCAUCCCAAAAGCUUUUUGGUUCGUAAAAUUGCACAUGCUAUGUUUGCAAGCAAACCAAAGUGAUUUUUUUUGGGGGGAAAUAUAUAUAUAUAUAUAUAUAUAUAUAUAUAUAUAUAUAUAUAUAUAUAUAUAUAUAAUAGAGACAACUGUGUAGAAUGUCAUUUUUUUCGAUUAAGUGGCAAACGUGAUGAAGGCACUUUCAUUUAUAGCAUAUUUUUUUAACUAUUUAACACAAACCUUUGUUUUUUGUAAAUAUUCUUAUUGUUAAAAAAAAGGCAGAAUAUAUGUGGUCAGAGAAUAUAUGUGAUCAGUUUAUGAAAUGGUGAUGUGUCUGUGUGUCAUUUUAAAACCUGUUGCCUGUGAUGUCAUACUGCUCCAUGUGACUGGCUGAAACACAGUUGGCAGAAUUGUGACAAAAUGUAAACUAAAAUAUGAACUGUAAAUAAUUAUAAUAAUUUAUGUCAUUACUUUUAAAGAUGUUUUGUUUCCUUUUUAUAUAAUUAUUGCUUGCGCUAAUUAAUAAAAAAAAAACUCAAAGCAUGUAAACAA